AUGAUGCGCAGUUUCAGCUUCAUGCAGGCGACCGAGGAGGAUUACAUGGAGGGUAUGACCGCGUACGACUACAACGGCUUUGACGCCGGCGGCACAGCGCACGCUCCUGCUGCGCCCGAGCCGUUUGCGCCGUCGCCGGAGUUGACGGCGGCGAGCCUCAGCUUCAAGUUUCAGCACCAGAUGCCCGAAAUUCCGACGGAGGCCGCGGUGGUGGUUUCGAGAGAAUUCACAGCAGCAAGAGGAGAAGAGACGGCGGUGGUUUCGAGAGAAUUCACAGCAGCAAGAGAAGAGGAUGAAGGAGAACGAGAGGAAGAGAAGGAACCAUCCGUUCCGUUGCAAUCGGCAGAGAAGCACGAACGCCCACGCGAAGCAGAGGAAGCAGAGUUCGUGGUGGAGGAACAGGAGGUAGAAGAGCAGAGCAGAGAGGUUGUGCAGGAGGCAUCGCCACCGAAGAUUGUCGCGACCACGCACAACUAUCAGUUCUUGACGGAGCGUGACUUCCGGGGGUUCGUCAGGGAGCCGGAGGCCAUGACGGUGCGCGUGCAGGAGUCUUUCGUGCCGCCGUCGCCGCCUCCGUCGCACCACCAGCCCGAGGAGCGACGGGUGGUCGACGUCUCCUCCCGCAGCGGCCGGUUCCUCACGGAGAGGGACUUCCGGCCGGCGAACGAGCCCGACGUGUGCGAGAGCGUGGCGUCGUCCGGGAAGAGGGCGCCAUCGCUGAAGCCGAAGCCGGCGAGCUCCCCGUCCAUCGCGUCCAUGGGCGGCGGCGCCGUCGGCGCCAGGAUGAGCUUCGCGUCGGAAUUCUCCGGUUUCGGCGACUCCGACUCCGAGUCCAGCGCCAGCGACGGCUACUCGGUGAAGGAUCUCGUCGUCGACUCAGACAGCGACUGGUUCCUCUCGGAGAAGGACUUCCCGGCGACUGCCCGCGACUCCGGCAACCUCAAAAGCUACAAGGCCAAGGUGCUCAAGGCGAUCGAAGCCCUGGAGGCGGCGUCCAAGCUGGAGCCGUCUUACCAGGACUCAGCGACGACAGAGUCGCCGGGCUCGGUCCGGCAGGGCUCACCAGACACCAUUCCCGAUGGUUCUCCCAAGUUCCCUGAGGACAUGUGGUCUCGCAGCCCUUCGCCGGACGUCGAGUACAAAGAGGACGAGGAGAAGGUAACAACAGAAGCUGAAGCACAGUAUGAUGAGGACAUCGAACAGAGAAGCACGGCGGAAGAGGAAGUGGGCAUCGACAUGAGCGAUGAUGAUGAGCACUCAUCGGGCGGAAAGAAGGUAGAAUCUGCACCAGCCUAUGAUCUGCCCCCUGUUGCUGACGACUGUAUGGAUCAUUCGGAGAAGGAAAUCAUCACUCUAAAUGACCACUCAGGAGGUGAAGCGGCUUCUGAUGCUCAAAGAAGUCCAGAGGCAGUCUCUGUGAGAGAAUUAGCUGUUGUACCAUCAGAUCAAGAUGCUGGCCCAGCAAAGAGAAGUCCGGAGCCAUCGGACCAGGAAUUUAUUGGUAUGGUUGAUCAUUCACUUGAGCACAGUUCUGACGACCAGAAGGAAACUGCCAGCGAAAGCGAUCAGUUAUAUGAAAUAGUUUUUGAUGACAAAAGAAGGCCGGAGCCUCCAGAGGCAGGAUUUGUUGGUACGAGAGGUCACUCACAUGAGCUUAUUUCUGAUGUUUGGAAAGAGAUUGUCAGUAGAAACGAUCAGCCACUCCAAGGGGCCCAUACUGAUGAGGAAGGCCUGGAUACUGCAGAGGAAGAAUAUGUGGGCACAACUGAUCGUUCAAACGAUCUUAUUUCUUAUCAGAAGAAAGUGACUUUCAGUACUACAAAUGAUCAUCCACAUGCUGCAGUUUCUGAUGAGAAGAGCAUCCCAGAGACUCCAGAGCAAGGAUUCAGUCUAACCGACCAUCGAAAUGGAGUAGUUCCUGACGCCAAAAACAUUUCAGAGACCAGAGAAUAUGAGGAACAAGACAGUGCAAAUGAUCAUUUGGACAAUGCAGCUCGACAGGCCUACAUUUCAGUCACGGGGAAGGCAAAGGUAUAUGACGAAGAUGGGGAGGAUCCAGAAGUGAAGUGGAAGGAUUUGACAGAUGAGGAGGAGGACGAGCUAGAGUCACUGUGGGAGCACCAAGACCUGAUAGAGCAGCUGAAGCUUGAGCUGAAAAAGGUCCGGUCGAUCGGGCUGCCCACAAUCCUCGAGGAAUCGGAGACACCAAAGGCUCCGAUGGAGGACCUCAAGCCAUGGAGGAUCGAUGCUAAGUUCCUUCGUGAAGACCCGAUGGACGAGCUGAACAAGUUCUACAAGAGUUACAGGGAGAGGAUGAGGAAGUUUGACAUUUUGUGCUACCAGAAGAUGUAUGCAAUAGAUUUCCUACAGCUCAGAGGGCCCCAGCAGUCCAGCAACUCUCUAAAGUCCCUGUCGCCUACGGUGGCAUCCAUCCUGUCACACAAUUUUCGGUCAUCUCGUCGGAGAUCUCCCGAGGACCCAUCGGAGCGGUUCCUCAAGGAGCUCCGCUAUGAUCUGGAGACGGUGUACGUCGGCCAAAUGUGCCUGUCAUGGGAGUUCCUCCGGUGGCAGUAUGAGCAGGCCCGUGACCUCCCGGAGUCUGACCCUUACCACAGCCACCAGUACAACCAGGUGGCCGGAGAGUUCCAGCAGUUUCAGGUCGUGGUGCAGAGGUUCGUCGAGGACGAAUCGUUCAAAGGCCCUAGGCUGCCAAACUACAUCAACAACCGAUGUGUUCUUCGCAAUCUCUUGCAAGUGCCCGUGAUUAAAGAGGACAGCUUGAAGGACAGGAUGGAGGAUCAGCGCAAGGGCAACUACGUGAUAACCAGUGAGGAGCUGGAGGACAUCAUGGAAGAGGCGAUGCACAUCAUGUGGGAGUUCAUCAAGGCCGACAGAGUCGAGACGACAACAACAUCGGUGCUCAAGGGCCUGUCCAGCACCCACGUCGAAGUCCAGGACCCCAUGGAUCAUGAUCUCAUGGCGCACAUCAAUUCCACGUUACAGAAGAAAGAGAAGAGGCUCAAGGACCUCCUCAGGACCGGCAACUGCAUCGUGAAGAAGUUUAAGAAGCCCAAGGAGGACAGAUCGAACCAGAACCUCUUCUUCUCGCAGGUGGACAUGAAACUGGUGGCGCGGGUGCUGAGGAUGCCGAGGAUCACCAGCGAGCAGCUGCAGUGGUGCAAGGCGAAGCUCGACAAGAUCAUACUGCAUUUUGAUGCGAAGGGGGUAUUUUCAGUCAAAUCGGCUUAUAAGCUUGCUGUGGAAAAAAGAGAUGCUCGUACAGGAAGGGAUGCUUCUAGUUCUGGAUGUGCAGGUGGAUGCAUGAGUGAAUUCCAAUGGAUUAAGAUUUGGCAAAUUAAAGCUCCCAACAAAGUAAAAAUGUUCAUAUGGCGUUUUGCACAUGACAGCCUUCUUGUUAGAAGAAAUUUGGCCAGGCGUGGGAUAAAAUUUGAUACCAUUUAUCCAGUUUGCAGAAGGCUAGAUGAAGACUGUGGGCACAUCUUCUUCAAAUGUAAGUAUGUAAAGAUAUGUUGGCGCCUUUUGAAUAUGGAGGAUAUAAGAUCUGAGCUGGUGAACUGCCGAUCAGGAACUGAACUAAUUAAUAAGAUUUGGGAGCUAGAGAUGAACAUUCAAAUAAAAGUUUUUGUCUUUCUUUGGAGAUGGUGGUCGGCAAGAAACAAGGCUAAUGACGGUGGGAGAAUGGCGAAUCCAACUGAGAUUUGUAGUUCUGUAUCAUUCUUCCUGAUGGAGUUUGAAAAGUUACACAAAAUUGAAAAGAAAGUGACGCUUGCUGCUGCUGGAUGUUCAUGGAAUCCUCCACAAGAGGAUAUCUAUAAGAUCAAUUCCGAUGGCUCUUUUGAUCCAAAUAAGAGAAUUGGAGGAUAUGGAUUUGUGGUGAGGAACAAGAAUGGAGAGGUGCUCGUGGCUGGAGCUGGAAACAUUUCUUAUGCUUCAUCGGCCUUGCAUACUGAAGCAAUUGCGGCCUACAAGGCUGUCCUCCAUGCAGCUCAACUAGGAAUGACAAGAAUUAUCUUGGAGACGGAUUCCAUAGUGCUUGCUAAUGCCCUCAAGUCGCCAAGUUUAGACCGAAGCAUAAUUGGUGCUUUAGUGGUUCAGAUACGAGACAUUAUCAGAGUUUUCUUUUUGUAA